AUGACUGAGCACAAAAUGCAACAGACGGCUAUAUUGCUCAGCACAUGUAAAAAAUCAAUCCAUAAAAUCCAGCAAUUUGUGAAAUCCUAUAAUGCAAGUAGUGAUUUUGUGAAAAUAGACUCUCGAAUAGAACGGCUUGGUUAUCUAUUCAAUAAGUACAACGAAACUUCUGUUCAAGCUGAGUUGUUCACAGGGGCUGAGUCUAACGUGAAUUUCUCGAAAGAUAGGGAAGAUAUAGAAGAACUUUUCUAUCACAUCCAAGAUGCGCUUAUUCUUCGAAAAGCAUCUCCACCCGAAGAAGAAGAAACUGUCAAGUCUCCACAGUCCAGCAUGUCGAUGGUUAGACUCCCCAAGCUAGAUUUGCCUACGUUCGAUGGCGAUAUGGAAAAUUGGAUUCCGUUUCGCGACUCGUAUAAGAACCUCAUCCACGAUAAGAAGAACCUCGCCUCAGUGGAUAAGUUUCAUUAUUUGUUGGCCGCCUUGAAAGAACCGGUCAAAAAACUCCUCGAUACGAUCAGUGUAACCGAGAAAAAUUACGAUAUCGCAUGGAAUCUACUCGUGUCUAGAUUCGAUAAUAAACGCCUGUUAAUAAAAAAUCAUAUCGCGGCUCUUUUUUCUUUGGAGUCGGUAAAAAGGGAAUCAUCAUCUGCGAUCCUUUCAAUUGUGGAUCAUUUCGAGCGCCACGUCAAGAUCCUAAACACGUUGGGAGAAAAUACUGGGGAAUGGAGUUCACUUUUAGUGCAUCUAGUUUGCAGUCGUCUAGAUAGCAACACGCUGAGGGAAUGGGAACGUAAAACUGCUGGUGAAGUAGAAUCUCCAUCGUACGUCGACCUAAUUGAAUUCCUGAAUGUUACUUUCCCUGAAAGGUGGAUCUACUGUGAUCAACACUAG